AUGGUUCAAUUGUCUGGAGAGGCCGACAGGGGUAUCUGCAAUAUAAUAAUCAAGAAACCCUUAUCUGGCCUUGGACAACCCCCACACCCCUACCUUCUCGUUCGAAGUACCCGGCAGACCGCACCAUUUCACCAUACUUCCGAGUAUGGCGACUUUGCUAUCAUCAAGCUGGUGAGGGACUCGCUCUCAUCCAUUGACGAGGCCCGCUAUGCCGCCAUGCACGCCAUCAUUCGACGCAAGGAUUGGGGCAAGACAAAGACAGCUUUGCAAUAUACUGUCAAAGCCGAGCACAGCAGCGUGGAAGUGCUGAGGGAGCUUAUGAGUUCCAUUGCCUAA